UUUGGAAAUCCGGCGGCGGUCGCGGUGUAUUAAUUGAAUAAUUUCGCAAUUUUUUUUUAAUGAACAAACCGUGUUCCAAAUAUCUCUAAUAAUUACCUUUCUAGUCUAAUUAAAGUUAUCAUGAAAAGUGUAUUUUAUAAGUUUUUAAUUCUAGAUAUUUUUGUCGUCUUAUUUUGCAAUGCCUCGGUUGAAGUUUUAAGACCUAGAGGUGUAGAUUUAUCCAAAAAAGUUUUUUAUGUUCCUGAUCAAGAUUUUAGUUGUAUUGAUGGUUCCAAUACUAUUCCAUUUAGCUUUGUGAAUGAUGAUUAUUGUGAUUGUGAAGAUGGAUCAGAUGAACCAGGAACAUCUGCUUGCUCAAAUGCAUUUUUCCAUUGUGUUAACUCAGGACACAUAUCAAUAAACAUUCCAUCAUCAAGAGUUAAUGAUAACAUUUGUGAUUGUUGUGACGGUGGCGACGAAUAUAAUAGUACUGCUGAUUGUGUGAACACAUGCCUAGAACUUGGUCAGCAAGCCAGAGAAGAAUUGCAGAAGCAGCAACAGCUUUAUGAAAUUGGAUAUGGCUUAUGGCAACAAUAUUCAGCUCAAGGAAAGCAAAUAAAAGAAAAUAAUAAAGUUCAGCUUGAAAACCUGAAAAAAGUUGAAGUUGAGGAAGAAAAAUUGGUUGCAGAAAAAGAAGCAAUAAAAAAUGAAGCCGAAGAUAAAGAAAAAGCUGUUUUGUCUGCAUAUAAAUCAGUUAAAGAAGAACAAAUAAAGAAACAAGAAGAAUUAGAAAUGCUUCAGCAUCAAGAAGCUGAAAAGAAAAAUGCUGAGGCUGCUUUUCGAGAGUUGGAUUUAAAUCAGGAUGGCAUGUUAACAUAUCAAGAAAUCCAGCAGUUUUCAAAAUUUGACAGCAAUAGUGAUGGACAUGUUUCAGAUGACGAAGCAAAAUUUUUCUUGCACAUGAAAGAUUCAAUGGCACUUGAAGAAUUUGUGACUACUGGCUGGAUGAUCAUGAAACCCAUAUAUUUAAUGGAUAAAGAGCCUUUUACAGAACCGCCUGCAGCAACUGAGACUGAAAAAGAAACGCAUGAAACUUCUGACCUUGUGAAUGAAGAAGAAAGUGAUGAUGAAACUUAUAAUCCAGAGGAUGAGGUUCCUUUGGAUGAUUUAUCAGAUGAAGAUGAUGAUGAGGAAGACUCAGACAAACCACCUAUAUUUACUCCUAAAGAAGAGUCUGAAAGUGUUAAACCAGAAGAACCUGAAUACGAUGAAGAAACGCAGAAGAUUGUAGAUGCUGCUAAUGAAGCAAGAAAGGAACACAAGUCUGUUGUUGAAAGAUUAGAAAAAGUAAAGGAGGACAUAAAGCAACUUGAAAUUUUUAUCGAAUCUGAUUUUGGAAGUGGAGAGCAAUUUGCUGUACUAAAAGGCCAAUGCUUUGAUUAUGAGGAUCGUGAAUAUACAUACCGAUUUUGUCCUUUUGAUAAAGCAAGUCAGAUAGCUAAAUCUGGGGGAUCAGAUGUUAACUUAGGUCGUUGGGGAACUUGGGCUGGACCCGAAGAUAAUAAGUAUUCAAAAAUGAGAUAUGAAAAUGGUCAGUUGUGCUGGAAUGGACCAGCAAGAUCUGUUACGGUAAAUUUACAUUGUGGAGUAGAAAAUAAAUUGUUGUCUUCUUCUGAACCAAAUCGCUGUGAAUAUGUGUUUGAAUUUAGCACUCCAGCAUCAUGUCAUUUACCUGGAGAUACCCACCAAGUGCACCAGCAUACAGAACUAUGAAAAAAAUAUAUUAAUUAUUCUCAAUUAUAUAUUUGAAAUAUGUUAAAAUGUAUGAAGUAAUUCAAAUAUAUUUUUGAUGUUGUACUGUAUGUCUCUGGAAGUUGAUAGAAAUUUUUCAAAAAUUGUUUAUAAAAACUUCAUAGGAAUCAAGUGUCUGGCAUUUCUACAAAAAAUGUGAUACAUUAUACCCAAGAUUUUUCAUUUUUAAAAAAAAAAAAAGAUUAGAAAAUUCUAAGAAUGUAUUUUCAUACUAUAGGACACUCAAUAACUACCCUCUUUAAUCCAUAUAUAAAAUAUAUUAAAUAAAAACUCUCUUAAUAGGUAAUCUGUUUUUUAUCAUCUCGUAACAGGAAAAAAGAGUAACGUUCUCUGUGGGAAAAAAUGUGCCACCAGUAUUCUAUUUAUCAGUUGUAACCAUAAAAGAAUAUUUUAAAAAUACAAGCAUUUUCAAACUUUAAUUAUUUUGUUUUCAUUUAUGCCAAGGCUCUUUAGAAUAAUCAUAAAGCCUGAAUGUUGUAAUUUUUAAAAAAUUAAUAUUAAGUCAUGUUGGAGAAGUUGCAAGAGUAUUUAAGAGUAACUUAUGAAUUUUGGUAUACAACGAAAAGUUUUAAGUAACCCUUUACUGAAGAGUUACCAGAAAUCAUUUGUAAAUUUAGAUGCGAACUAUGUUGUACAUUAAAAGUUCCAGACUUUGUGUGUACUUAUAUAAACGCACCUUUUAUUUUCUAUUUCUUGCUUAUAUUAUAAUUUUUACAGUCAUACAUGUAUUAUGCAUUUAUUUAAGGAAUUUCUUUUGAUGGUUUCUAAAUUUUAAUCUGUAAAAUACUACAUACAGGUUCACACAGAAUUUAUUAUUUUUAACUUUUAAAAUUCAUCUGAUUUGCUGAUGUGUAUAAAAACUCACAAAUUGAUAGUACUCAUUUUACCAUCCAACAGCUAGCAUUAAUUGGAUUCUGGUUUUAGCAUCCAGUGGAAUUUUUAAUUUUUAAUGCAUAAUUACAUUAAUAUUGUAUGUGAGGAAAAUUUCUUAUCUAUCUUUUAAAAUAUUUCCCUCCAGUAAAAGAAAAUCAAUGCUGUUAUCUGUUUAGUAGUGAAUAAUUUUAAUUAUUUUGUGGAAUUUCUGAUAUAUAGUUUACUAUAUAUUUAAAAUAAUUUAGAUUUCAUUUCUUGUAAAGUUUGUUGAAAAUGUAAAAAAUUGCCAUUUUGUUUGUAUAGGCAUAGUUACAUGUAAAUUUCACUACAGUUUUUUUUAAAUCUGAAUUCUUUUUUGAUUUAGUAUAGAACUUUAUUUAAUUGGAUUCAUUUUUAUUUUAAAUUAAGUUUUAAAUUUUUAAUGUUCCCCACAUUUUUUUCAACUAAAAGUCAUAAUGUCAUUGCUGCAUUUAAAACCUGCCGCGCUAUUUUACCGACUGUUAGAAUAAAAUUUUGGUUUAUCUAUUAAUUCUUCAAAAUUGAUCUAAAUAAACAUUAAAUUAGUAGUUAUUGUUUUUACAUUGCACAAACAAUCUUUAAAGAAUAUACAAUAAUUUAAAUUUGUUUUGAAAAUUUCUAUAUGAAUAAUCCAAAGAUAGUAUGCAGUUUUACUUCAUACAUUUCAGCUAUUCUGAAAUAAAAAGAAAGCCAAUACUUAAUUGAAAAAUUAUUUUUUAAAUAUUUUUCCAACUUUUCAGAACAAAUUUUGAAGUAUUAAUUUUAAAUGUGGUUGUUUUAUUGUGCACAGUUCUGCUCUCCACCAGUUACUUUGUACGCACAUAAAGAUUUAUAUAUUUUUGUAAUAUUGAUUGUAAUUGUAAACUUUACUUUUAUUGAAUGGGUUAUGCUUCUAAUUUUGAUUUGUUUACUGUCAAUUUUCUGUAAUUAAGAGUGUGAAGUAUUGCAUAUUAAUUAGCAUGCAACAUUACCAAACAACGUAAUAAUGUCUUGAUAUCUACAUUGUGUUAAUUCUUUAUUUAAAGUUUUCUGUUUGUAACACUACAUGUAAAAAUUGCCUUGUUGAGUGUAAUUGUUUAUGUACUUGUUACAAAUCUUAUAAAUGUUCUUGUACAUUUAUAAUAAGAUGUCUCAUUUUAUAUGUCUAGCAUUUGAACAUUCACAAAAUUAUUGUUAAUUUUAUUGUUUCAGAGAAUGGUUUUUAAUUUACCAAUGACCCAUUUGGAUAUCUUUGGUUUAGCAGAAUGGUGGAUAAAAUUUUUAUGGAAGAUAUAGCAAUAAAAAUUUUAAAAAGAGGGGCAGUUAAUAAAGGGUUAUAAAAUACCAAUUUUAAAUGAAUAUUGUAUUGCAGAAUUUAAAUUUGCUUUAAGAAGUAUAAUAUUGCAUUACUCAUGCCCAAUUUUUAAUUAUAAAUAGUGGGUACUUGUCCAUUAGGCCUUCAGCACACUUUAAAAUUAUUUUUUGAAGUUGCGGUUUGGUUUUCUAUCUAAUUUGGUUGCCUUUCCACUCUAAGAAAUAAAUGAUCAAGGAAACUGAGGAGAGAAGCAAUAAAAAUAUGGGAAAAAUAGCAGAAACUGAAAUAAUUUUUUAAAAAAUUAGCCCGAGCAGUCUUUGAAAGCCCACUGCUCAAGCAACUGAUUGAUUGAUUUGGAAGCAACCCUUUCUCCUUCUCAGUUUAAAAGCACUAGAGCUGCCAUCAGAUUAUUCCUAGCUUGAAGUGCAGCAGUCGGAUUCUUUCUCAUUUUUAACUCCCAUUCGAAGUUCGCCUUUGUACUCAGUUUUUUCCCAUUCUAUCAUUGACUACUUUUUAAAUUUUGGUUUCGAUUCUUUUUGCCUGGACCACAUUUGAUUUUAAGGAUAUCUAUUUGCUCUCUAAAAAAAGAGAGAAAAAAAAAGCGGGAUAAUUUUCUAAAUUGCUGUUAAGAUGAAAAAUUUUAAAAAGUAGGUACCAAUUAUUAUUAGUAUUAAAUAUAAAAAAUGGUGAAUGUUACAGGGCAUUUUUUGUGUAUCGUAUUUAAUAUUCAUUUUUGAAUUUUGGCAUAUCGUAUUCAAAUAGUAGUCUUUGCACCAUUAAACAUUUUUGGAUUAACAUUAUCCAGCUGGUAGGCGAAGAUAGAAGUAUGGGGGAAAGAGAUUCUGAUACUUCUAUCUGCUAAAUCAUCUUUUCUUUAUUCACAUAAUAUUCUGUUUAAAAAAACGAGAGAAUUUGAAAUCUUUAUUGAUUAUUUAAUAUUUUUGAAAUACAUCAUUUGAAAUUAAUAAUCAUUUUUACUUAUAAGUUCAGUGACUUUUUUUUUAACUUAAUCUCUUGAUAGAUAUCUUUUGCAGCACUACCAAUAUCUACAAAUUGCAUUGAUAGAUUGGAGAGCAGAAAACUCGCCUACGGUUUUUGGUGCCUAUGUUUGACUCUUAGCCAACUGUUUCCUCAUAUCCGACACUAUUUUUUUGGGGGGGGGUUGUAUUUCUUUAUCCAUAUUUUUAUGAUUUCUGUUCUAUUUUUAUAUUUCUCAUACACAGUCUAUUUAAUAUGUAUGCAAUGUGUUUUGUUUGUUUGUUAAAAGACGUUCAUUACAAAAAGAUUAAGUUGAUAAUUUUUUUAAAUGCAAUUUAAAUUAUGACAUUUAAAAAUUUGCGCCUACUCAAAGAUUUAUUUUAUUUAAAAUUCAGAUGUUUUUUUUUUUUUUUAAAUCUAAAAUUCUGUUACAUUUAUAUGCUGUGAAGAUAAAUUUUUGUGCUAUUAGUUUCUAAAAUGAUGAGCGAUUAGAAUUAAUAAUUUGAGUACAUAGUCUGAAUUCUGAUUAUACAUUUUCCAAGAGUUUUUUUUUUUUUUUUAGUUAUAAAUACAGCAUGAAAAGUUCUUUCAUAUUAAUAGAUUAUUUUAGAAGCAUAAAAAAUGACAAUCAUGGGUAGUUAUGGAAAAUCCUCCUUUAGUUUGUGUCCUAUGUCUUAAAAGAAGAAUUAGUCAUCGAUUGAAAAUAAAAAUUUCAAUUUAAGAGAAAAUUCUUUGUUGAAUGCAAGUUCUUAGGUGAUUCCAUAGAAUGAAAGGUUGAAGAGGGGGAGGCGAUUGUAUUUGAUUAUGCUAAGAUUAUCUGUGUUUUUUAAAAGAAUGUUUUAGGGAUAAGUAUUUAACCUUAAUAUAUUUUUUUAAAUCUGAAUAUUUUAAAAUACUUCAUAACUUGUUUAAAGUUUAGGAAAAUUACAGUUCUAUUUUUAUUAUAUAUUGCAUUAAAAUGUUUCUUAUCCUUGUCAUGUGAACUAAUGUUUGUGUGUAAACGAAAAGCAUCUUUAUAAAAUUGCUCUCUGACAAGUGUUUCUAAAGCUUUAAAAAAUAUUUUAUGCAUGUUCUCUAGCAGAAUUUAUUCUGAUGUAUUCAUUUAACAACCUAAAAUCAUUUCAUAUAAACUUUAUGUACCUAAUAGAAAUUCGAUGCUUCCUUUUGUUAAAUCCUAACCAAAUUUUGUUGCAUUGAAAUUAAAUUAUGUUAUAUCAGGUUUUCAGAAAUUAACAUUCAAUGGAUUAUUAAAUCGGUUAUUUUAACAUGCUAAAAUUUUUAUUACUGCAUGUGUAUGAUUUAUGUUCAUAUACAUUCUCAAUAUGAUACAUUCUCAAAGUGAUGCUUUGUUCUAUUUUCUUUUUCAAACAUUUCCUAUUGAAGAAUGUAUUUCAAAAACAAAAUCGGGAAAUAAAGAGAAUAACUAAACGUUCUUUCAUUUUGUUUCAAAAAUGAUCCAGAAGCAGUAUCAGAAACUCAUUAAGUUACUCAAUAUAAAUCAAAAUAGGUUGGAAUUGGUAGAGUUGCAUUUGCAUAGACACUUCUAUUUCUCUUUAUGAUUUUAAGGGCUUUAUAGUAAAUAUUUACCAGGAUAAAUAUUUAGCUUUUUAUUGUUGAAUCAUUAAAUGAAUGUGUUAAGUUUUGUGAAGACAUCGGCAAUGAAAUAAUUCUUUUCUGUAGCACUUUCCCCCCUUAAACAUGUGCUAUUUUGUAUCGACAUAUAUGAAAACUAUAUACUUUAUUACUUAUUUUUCUUCCAAACUAGUUUUCCUUAACCCUUGCCUCUAAUUAGUUAAAAUUCACAUGUAUUUAUUUGCAAAGUUAUUUCCUAACAUACUUGCUAUUCAUAAUUCUCACUUAUUGAGCAACUUCAGAGUAUUUCUGUAUUUGAAAAUUUUCUUAGUAACAAUAAUCUAUUUUCUUAUAUGUAAAUCUAUCUUGUUUUGGGAGGGAAAUAUAUUUUUUAAAACGAUGUCAUUGAAAAAAGCUUGCAACAAAUAUCUUUAAUUUGAAAAUAUUUAUUAAAUGUGAAGAACCAUUGAAUUCAUAUAUAUAUAUAUUUGUUUCCAUUUAAGAUUUUUUUCUUUAACAAAUAGAAUUUGUACAUUUCAGUUGUUUAAAAUUCAUUGAAAUGUGGCUUUUGUAAAGAAAUAUUUUGCAUGAAUAAUCUUUUAUAAUAUAUUAACGUACCUUUUGUAUUCAAUAUCUAUAAUAAUUUUUUUUCUUAUAUUUCAAUGUAUAUUAUAUUUUAGGUUCAUCAUUAUAUUGGAAAAUUAUUCCAUUGGUUAAUCCCCAAAAGUAAUACUUCUCACCCAGUAAUUAUAAUUCUGUGUGUAUAUUUUUACCAUGCUCUUUUUAAAGUUGGAUGGAAGUAAUUAACUUGCGGUUUGUUUCUCGAUUGAAUCUGUAUUUUAGUUCAAAACCUUAAAAGCUAAUCUACUUUAAAUCAAUUAAAUGGUAGUAGUAAUAUCUUUCUAAUAAAUUAACUACUUUAUUAAUAUUCUUUCUAAUUUUAGUAUAGAUAUUUGCAUCAAUGAUGGAGCUUGUAAAUUGUUUUAUGUGUCAUUCAAUGUGCAAAUAUCAAUUAAAUGUUCAAGAUUUGGAAUUUUAACUGUGAUAGAAGCUUGCGUAUGUUACAUAUUCUUUUUAUGUGACACAUAUAUAAUUCAUGCUAAUUAAUAUUUUUGCCUACUAGCUUAAAUUUACUGUAGUUGAUUUUGGUAUGUUUAGAUGUUUUUGUGUUAAAAUGAUUUUAGUUUAUUUCAAUGAUUGUGAAUUAAGUUUGUAUUUGCAACGAGUAGUUAGAGCAACGAAUAGUUAGAAAUGGAAUAUUUGCUGAUUUGCAUUUCAAAAUUUAUUUUGAAACAAAGUUACUCUGACUUAACUUUCAAAUCAAGGAUCACAUUAUAUAAUUUAGUUUCCUUAUUUAUCUUAAGUCUCCUUCUUUCCCUUAUACUGAUGGCAAUAAUACGUUUCUUAAGAAUAGAAGAAGGUUGAAUAUAUAUUUUUUUUUUUCCUUGGCCUUCGGUUUAAAGAUUUAUUUUAAAUGUUGGACUGCAAUUCAACUUUUGUUUAAUGACUUGAAACAUUUGAUUAUACAUGCAGUCUGUUGUGCCUUCACUACUUACUUUUUGCUUCUGUGAUCCUUGAUUGUGCUUUCUACUGCUCUUUUUAAAUGCAUCAUAAAAGUGUAGCAUGGAAUGAUGCAAUGCUUAUAAAAAAUUAGCAAAGUUUGUUCACAGAACUUUAGAUACUAUUAAAUAUCCUAACUUCUUAUGCAGUGGAGUUUUUUUAUAUUGAAUGAAUUUGAAACGGUAUGUGAAAUAUUUAUUCUGGACUUAUAGAAUUUUUUCUGUUUAAGUAUAUUUAAGCUAUAUUAAUUUCAUUUGCAUCCAUACAUACAUGUGUUAUUAAAUCCAGAAUUCAUGACGUUCAUCCCCCCCCCUCCCCCAGUUUGACUUAUUUGAAAAAUUUGUGUUGUCUGGAUGGUAAUUUUUCAGAUACCUAAAUUUUUUUAAAAAUAAUUUUAUGUAGCUUUAGAAAACUUCUUGUGGCUUGUGCUCCUGUUUAAGGAACUGUGUUGGAUAACAUUCCUAAAGUUUUCUACGCAAAAAUAAAAUUGUUAUUCAUUA